UUCGAUGGUCAGGAGAUCUUCUGCGACUUGAUGAAGACAGACCCGAUUUCGUGGUUCCGCAAGUUUGAGCUCAAGUUGCAGCUUCGCCAUGUCAGCGAAGAGAAGAAACACUCGUACUUGUACUCCCGAUCGGGGGGCGCGUGCCAAACGUGGUUGAACAACCUCUUGUCUAAGUACAACAUGGUGACUGCCGACUUAUAUACCAAGAUCAGUUGGAAUGAUCUAAAGGCAGCGUGGCAUAAGUGGUUCCAAGCAGAGCAGUCGAAAAUCAAAGCAAUGGACAAAUUGCUGACUUUCGAACAAGGCGCGUUGCCGAGUGGCGAUUGGAUUGCUGAGUUCCGACGCUUGACAUCCGUACCAGACGUCCCGAUGAGCUUUACGGCCAUCAAACACUACUUCAUCACAAGGUCAUCUCUGGCGUUGGGCAACGCCUUCACUCACGUUGAGAAGACUCUCACUACAACAAUGGAGCUCUUUGACAAGGCCGCACAGAUUAUAGUUACGAACAUGGAGGCCAAGAACCUCAAUCGUUCGCCUGCGGCAGACCAAAGUAGAGAACAACAUCGGCUGAAAGUGGUCAUGGUGUGGAGGCAACACCGUUUGACCCUUCAAGCGAGGCUGCAUCUGCCAAUGAAGGGGACAGACUCGCAGCCGCCAGGGAUGGUGGCUGCCCCGACAAAGUCCGAGGAUGUGGCAAGACGAAGACAAACACCACAUCAAACCUUGGGCUCGGCGCAGCAACUCAAGCCCUAUGGACCCACUAUGGUCUCUCGCAACAUUCGUACAAGCUACGUACGAGAUUCCGUUAUUUUCUGCGGUGCAACAACGAUCUCCACGACACAGCAUCCGAGCAGAAAUCUGGAGCCAGUUGAUCAAGUCGUGUGGGGAGUGGGGGCUGCUGCAGUUCCUGUUCCUGUUGUUGGCACUGCUGGGGCCGGGGGGAUUGUGGUUGCGACUGUUGUGCCUGUGUUGAGUGUUGUUCCGGCAGAGGAAAGGGAAGCGAAGAGGGAGGAACGAAAUCUAGGCGGGGGUGAUGGGAGAUGGGCGACGGGUUGGGAUCCAGGUGGCGGGAGGAGAGGGGUGAUGGAAGACGGGCGACGGGUCGGGGUCCAGGUGGUAGGUGGAGGGGGGUCGGGAUCGGGGCCGCGCAACCAAGAUUGCAGGGGAAGGGAAAGCGAAGCGGAAGGGUCGGGAUCGGGGGGGAUGAUGAUGGGGGGGGGAGAACGGGGGUAUGGCGGGAAUGGGUUCUGCGACGGGUCGGGAUCCAGGUGGCGGGUAGGGAGGAGGGAGUCGGGAUCCGGAUUGCGCGACCGAGAUCGCAGGGGGAAGGAGAGCGAAGCGGGAGGGUCGGGAUCCGGGGGGGAGAGCCAGAUGGGGUAUGAAGGGGAUGGGUUCGCGAAGGGCGGGGGGGUCGGUAUCGGGAUCCAGGCGGCGGGAUGGUGGAAGAGAGGGUGAUGAGAGAUGGCGGUGGGAUAGGAGAUAUAGCAGGGUAGUCGUAAUCCCCGCUU